AUGCGUCCCGGCACACUCCAUCCCGGAACCUGUCAAUGGAUUUUCUCUUCACCUGCAUUUCGGGACUGGGUCACAGGCACCGACCCCCGUCGUACCCUCUUUUGUCCAGGCCAACCAGGCGCAGGGAAAACUAUCGCUGCCUCCGCCAUUGUUCAAGAGUUGGCGUCCAGGUUCGAGAACGACUCGGAUGUCGGUAUUGCGCACAUCUUCUUCAACAAACUGAGAAGCCACGAGCAAAGCAUCGAGGCUGUAUGCCAGAGUUUGACCGAGCAACUUGUGAAGCGUGGGUCUGAUACGGCUCAGAGCGACUGGUCCCCUGAUGGAGAUGCUCCUACGCCGUUCAUCAAGACUCUCAGGCAGAUGCGAUCGACCGUCGAGAAAUACCGACAGGUAUUCAUUAUUGUGGACGCGCUUGACGAGUGUAUGGAGGCCGGAAGGGCGAGAUUUGUUGAAGAGAUGGUUAAGUUGGAGGAGCACUAUGGUGCGCGGCUACUUGUGACCUCGCGGGGCAUACCCGAGGUUACCGACUUAGUUGAGGAGGCUAUAAGGUUUGAUAUUGUUGCCGACGAUGGAGAUUUGCAACGAUACGUGGUGGACAGCCUGGGCCGUUUCCUGCCGCUUGCUCAUGCACAUCUUGAUACCACCCAAGGAGCCCAAUUGACACUAUCCAUUGUCGAGGCAUCUGCUGGAAGGUUUCUGGCCGCCCGGCUAUACAUGGGCUUACUUGCCUGCGAGUCGUCGCAACUUUCCUGCUGGCAAGCCGUUAGAGAGAACUUCUCUCUACUGACGGGGCCCGAUGUAUAUCGCGGCUUGUAUGGAGUUGCUGUAGGCCGAAUUGCGAGCCAAAUGGAUGGGCAGAACAAACUGGCCCUCUCGUGGCUUACUUUCGCAACGCGGCAAUUGACCAUGACAGAACUCCAAGAGGCCCUAGCGAUUCCAACAAGCAACUCGAACGUCAACCCAGACACACGACCAGAUAUAACCGAAAUUCUCGAGACCUGUCGCCCAUUGCUUGUCUGGGAUCCCUCAAGCGACAUUGUCAGUUUUGUCCACAACACGGCGAGGGAGUAUCUGCUCAGCCGUCAAGAUCUUAUGUACCCCGAAGCUGAUAUCGGUACCGCCUGCAUUCGGUACCUCUCCAUGUCCGAGUUUGAGACGGGGGCAUGCCCAAGCAACGAGGGCCUGAAAGAACGGCUGCAGUCACGCCCUCUGUUUCAAUACGCAGCAGUGAACUGGGCUCAUCAUCUCGAGACUGCCAAUGAGCCACCGAGUGAAGUGUACGAAUUCCUGCGCACCCAGCCCAAGAUUCAAGCAGCCUUCCAAAUGUCCUUGAUUGUCCACAAGUUGGAAGAAGCCGUGUUUGGUGGCGAAACCUCGGCACGAGAGAUGAGUGGACUGCAUAUGGCGGCGUACGCCGGUGUCCCUUCCGUCAUCAAAUCACUCUUGGCCGCAUCCACUCUUCUCAACACCAAGAGCGACGUCAUCAACAAGCGAGACGACUACGGCCAGACGCCGCUGUGCUGGGCAGCACAGAUGGGACACCAGGCAGUUGUCCAGCUCCUGCUUACCGACCCCGCCGUUAAAAUCGACUUGCGAAACUACCAAGGACGUACGCCCCUCUCACUUGCCGCGGAGCAAGGUGACGCGGAGAUUGUGAGGUCCCUUCUGGCCUGUGGCGCAAACCCGAAUUAUCGAGAUGUGAAGCAUACAACGCCACUCUGGUAUGCUUCUCGAGCAGGACACGGCGCAAUUGUCGAGCUGUUACUUCGGACCGGAAACCUUGACCCUGUCAUGUUGAACGCACGACAGCCGUACCAGCGUUCAGAGCGAGGGGAAACACCCUUAUUCAUCGCCACAAAGGGGGGACAUACGCGAAUCGUCGAGUUACUCCUCGAC